AUGGGGUCUACACGCGGUUCCCGGUCCUGGGGUCUGUUUGUGGUUCUGUUCCAGCUGACUCAGUUCAGUAACGCGAACCUGAUUGUUACAGAGAAAGCGAAAAACAUCAAGACACCUGCAAACGAGCUUGGGGUGAAGGAGCACUCUAAGAUUGUUACGCAGCACAAUAGACUGCGCAGCCGGGUCAAACCUAUGGCAGCCAACAUGCAAAAAAUGGAGUGGAAUGAGAAGCUGGCCUUGCUUGCAGUGGAGAUGGCUGCAUCAUGCCACACAGGCCCCUCGCAUCAGCACUCACCCCCAUUCCCUCACAUUGGCUGGAAUACGCAUCUCUCUGCCCGAGGCGUCACCUCCUUCUCUGAAGUCAUUGACUCUUGGUUUGAAGAGGGACAAAACUUUCUCUACCUGAGUGGGCAAUGCAGAGAGAAUGCCACCUGUCAACACUACACACAGCUGGUGUGGGCCACUUCCAGUCAGGUGGGCUGUGCCAGCCAAGUGUGUCUAAAUGAACAGGAUCCGUGGGAGCUGUUUGUCUGUGCAUAUGCACCUGGAGGUAACUGGGAGGUGAAUGGUCACUUGGUGGCGCCCUAUAAGGCAGGGUUGUACUGCUCUCUCUGCACUUCCUCUAUGUCUGGCUGCUUCAGAUUGUGGGACCAUAUAGGAGGACUGUGUGAGACACCCAAGAAUCCUUGCCGUAUGAGUUGCGGUCAGCAUGGCCAACUGAACAUCUCUACCUGCAAGUGCCACUGUGACCCAGGGUUUACUGGACGCUUCUGCCAGGUUCGUUGCAGUGUACAGUGCUUAUUUGGCCGCUACAAGGAAGAGGAAUGCUCAUGUCUGUGCAAUGUUGGCUAUGGGGGUGCUGAGUGUGCAGAGAAGCUGCAGUUUCCCUUCCACAGCUGUGAUGUUAAGAUAGACGGAGAGUGCUUCAUGGUGUCUCCAGAGGCUGACACCUACUAUGGCGCCAAAAGCGACUGCCAGAAUCGAGGGGGGAUUCUUGCCCACAUCCACAAUCAGAAGGUUCAGGACAUCUUGGCAUUUUAUCUCAGCCAGCUGGAGACAAGCAAUGAGGUUACCAACUCCGACUUUGAGACGCACAAUUUCUGGAUUGGUCUUACUUAUAAACCUCUGAAGGACUCAUUCCGUUGGGACACCGGAGAGAUACCUGUAUUCAGCAGCUUCGCCUUCGGGCAGCCUGACAACCAGGGCUUUGGGAACUGCGUUGAGCUGCAGGCUUCAAGUGUCUUCAACUGGAAUGACCAGCGCUGUAAAACACGUAACCGAUAUAUCUGCCAGUAUGCUCCAGAGCACAUAGCACUGUGGGAUGUUGGCCGGUGAUGAUGGACCAGAGGCUACAGUCUGCAACACUGGAUGGAUUUCAGGAUGAGGGGGAUAUAUAUAGUAUAUAUAUGUGUGUGUGUGUGUGUGUGUGUGUGUAUGUAUAUAUAUUUUAGCUAAGAUACACCUGCAUUUUGUGACCAAUCUGCUCCCUGCACUCUCGAAAAACCUGUGAAUUGUACAUCAAGUGUCCAAGCAGUUAGAUGUCUGUAGAUGUUUGAAUUUGUACUAUACAGAUAUCGUUAAUGCAUUAUCUCAAUUGUUGCCGAAUUCAUUUCUCUGAUGCAUUAUUGAUGUUAUCCCAAAAUUUCAAGACAAUUUAACCAAAAAACAACCACUACUACCACUUCAUAAAAUGAUCUUUGCCUUACAACGCUGUCAAAUGUUUGAUACUUUAUUGAUCCCUGUCAAAAAAAAAAUCGCCUUUAGCUUGGCUUCCAACAAGGAGGUUGGAAGCCAAGCUAUACACGACUAUAAAGGAUCAGCUACACAAUGACACCAUUUGAGAUGGCAGAGAUUCGAUUUUGUGUGGAGAUGAAUCAAGUGGGCAGAUACCUGCUAACAUGCCAUUCGGACCAAGUACAUCAUGUUGACGGACAGUAUCUCGAAUCCUAGACAAAUAAUGGCAAUAUGGUAUGAGAGCUCAGCUCACCUACAACUCACCAGGUGAUCUGACAA